CCCACACAAGAGUAUUAGUUUUCUUAUAAAUUUUCUUCAUCUUCUCUCCAUUCCAGCUGCAUACAUUUUAUCUUCUCUCCUCCAAUUCUCAUGGAAUUAUUAAACUUUUUCAUCUUCUUCAUGAGCUUCAUAUGGUGCACAUCACUUGUACUUAAAAUUUUUUCAAGAAAUGCUCAAAAGAAACAAUCGUUGUCGCUUCCACCAGGACCGAUGGGGUUACCCAUUUUUGGGAACCUCCCUUUCCUAAAUCCAGAGCUUCCUCCUUACUUCACUGCCUUGGCCAAGACCUAUGGCCCAAUCUUCUCCCUCCGACUUGGAAACAAGAUUGCAGUUGUCAUCUCCACUUCCUCAGUGGCACGAGAAAUUCUCAAGGAUAAGGACAUCAUCUUUGCCAACCGAGAUGUCCCUAUUGCUGGAAAAAUUGGGUUCUUUGGUGGUUCUGACAUUUUGUGGAGCCCUUACGGACCUGAAUGGCGGAUGCUAAGGAAAGUAUGCGUCCAAGAGAUGCUUAGGGUCCGGAAGAUGUCGCAGGUGGAUGUUGGGGAAGAGAUGUUCAUGACAGUGUUGAAUUCAAUAACCACCAUAUUGUGGGGAGACUGUGGAAAUGAGAUGGCCGAAAGGAAUCUAGGGACUGAGUUCCGUCUCUUUGUGGAAGAGUUGGUAAUCCUGAUGGGAGUACCAAAUAUAUCAGAUUUCUUUCCAUGUCUGGCUUAUUUUGACUUGCAAGGUAUAGAGAAAAAGAUAAAGAGACUGGUGAAGAGAUUUGAUAAAGUUUUUGAAUUAAUGAUAAACGAACGGAUGAGAGAGGAUGAUAAUAGUGAGAAGAAGGAUUUUCUGCAAGGUCUAUUGAAUUUGAGGAAAGAAGGAGGGGAUGCUAAAACGCCUCUAACAGAAAUUCAUCUCAAAUCACUUUUAUUGGAUAUGGUUACCGCAGGGACGGGUACAACAUCAAACACGAUGGAAUUCAUGUUGGCUGAGAUGAUGAAUGACCCCCAAAUAAUGAAGAAAGCACAACAAGAAUUAGAAGUUGUGGUAGGCACAAACAAUAUAGUUGAGGAAUGUCACAUUCACAAAUUACCUUAUUUGUAUGCAGUCAUGAAAGAAACACUCCGGUUACACCCUGCUGCGCCUCUUCUCGUACCACACUUCCCUAGUGAGUCUUGCACCAUCGGUGGGUACACAAUCCUAAAGGGCACUCGUGUUUUCAUUAAUGCGUGGGCCAUACAUCGAGACCCUUCGUUUUGGGAGAAUCCACUCAAGUUUGAUCCUGAAAGGUUUAUGAAGUCUAAGUUAGACUAUAGUGGAAAUGACUUUAACUACUUACCAUUUGGCUCCGGUAGAAGAAUAUGCGUGGGAAUUGAAAUAGCUGAAAAAAUGUUCUUAUACUUGUUCGCCUCGCUAGUCCACUCUUUCGAUUGGAAAGUGCCCGACGGAGAGAAGUUAGACUUAAAAGAGAAGUUUGGACUCGUAAUAAAGAAGGAAAAGCCUCUUAUGGCAAUACCAACACCUAGGCUUUUGAGUCAUGCUUUAUAUGAGUAG